AGAAAAAAAAAAAAGAGUCUCUGUACACUUGACCUAUGUGUCAUUAACCAAACCCAAAAAAAAAAAAAAAAAAAAGCAAAAAAAUGUACUCCCAUUGAUUGAAAUACUUAAGUUAAAGGACUCAAUUCGACUUUAGUUAUAUUUUUAGGGACUAAUUCACUACUAAGGUAAUUUUUGCAGACCAAUAAAGCAAAUUUUAAUUGCGCUUCUAACACAUGCCUAAAACCCUAGAAACCAAGCGCGCCGUUCUAUUUGCCGCCUCUUGCUUCCUCCGUUCUCCGAAGCUCUGCAACCAUGCCGAAGCACUACAGGCCUCCUGGAAAGAAGAAGGAAGGAAAUGCUGCCAGAUACGUCACCAGGUCGCAAGCUGUCAAAAGCCUUCAAGUCAACCUAUCACUCUUCAGGAAAUUAUGCAUUCUCAAAGGAAUUUUCCCCCGGGAGCCAAAGAAGAAAGUCCAAGGAAAUCAUCACACUUACUAUCACACCAAGGAUAUUGCAUUCAUUCAACAUGAUCCAAUGCUCGAAAAAUUUAGAGAAAUCAGGGCAUACCAGAAGAAGAUAAAGAAAGCUAAGGCCAAGAAGAAUGAGGAGUUAGCGCGAUCUCUGAAAUCUCGUGAACCCCAUGUCAAGAUGGACAAGUUCAUCAGGGAUAGAUAUCCAACGUUCAUUGAUGCAAUCAGAGACUUGGAUGACGCUCUCUCCAUGGUGCACCUUUUUGCAGCGUUGCCUGCCAUAGACAGACUGAAAAUUGGAGCAGAGCGCACUCAUAAUUGUCGAAGGUUGUGUCAUGCAUGGCAAGCCUACAUUUCUCGCACUCAUAAGUUGCGAAAAGUCUUCAUAUCUGUAAAGGGCAUAUAUUACCAGGCUGAGGUUGAAGGUCAAAAGAUCUUGUGGUUAACCCCUCAUCCCUUACAGCAAGUUCUGACAGAGGACGUUGACUUCGAUGUCAUGCUAACCUUCUUGGAAUUCUAUGAGACACUCCUUGGAUUCGUUAAUUUCACACUAUAUCAUUCCAUAAAUUUGAAGUAUCCUCCAAUUCUUGAUCCUCUAUUGGAAGCAGUGGCAGCAGAUCUUUAUGCAUUAUCAAGAUACAUUGAUGCUGGCUCUAGAGCCUCCCUGCCCGAACCUCAAACUGCUAGUUCAUCUAGGUCUGAGCAAGAAGCACAGGAAGAGUCUGAGUUAAGACUUGCCCAACUUCAACAUCAGCUGCCUACCAAUGAACCUGGUGCACUGAUGCAUCUUGUUCAAGAUACCACCAGCGAAGUCGAAGAAGAUGAAGAUACAAGGGAGUGCAAGAAACUCUUUCAAAAUAUGAAAUUUUUCUUGGGCCGUGAGGUUCCAAGAGAGUCAUUGCUUUUUGUCAUUCCUGCUUUUGGUGGUGUUGUUUCUUGGGAAGGGGAUGGUGCACCAUUCAAGGAAGCUGAUAGCAGCAUUACUCAUCAGAUUGUUGACAGACCAACUCAGGGUCAUAUGUACCUUUCAAGAGAUUAUAUUCAACCCCAGUGGGUUUAUGACUGUGUAAAUGCACGGAUCAUAUUACCAACUGAGCCUUAUAUGGUUGGGAGGGUUCCACCACCACACUUGUCACCGUUUGUUGAUGAUGAGGCUGAAGGUUAUGUUCCUGACUAUGCCAAGACCAUUAAACAGUUGCAGGCUGCUGCCAGAAAUGACGUCCUACCAUUGCCCGGUGUGGGGAAGGAUGAUCUGGAUGACCCUCAAAAUCUAUUGGCUGAGGGGUAUAUCAACAGAACUGAGGCUAAUGAAGCUGCUGAGAAGAAGCGCAAGAUGAUGCUUUACGAGAAGCAGUAUCACAAUGAGUUGAAAAUGGAAAUUCAGGUUGACUUGAAUAUAAAUGAGCAAAACUCUAAAGAGAUGGACUUGAAGGAAGAAUCUCUUCCUGAUAUGGAACAAAUUGUUAAGGAUUCUGAUGCUCAUUCCAAGGCACUAAUGUCACGUAGAGAGAGAGGACUCUAUGAAGCCAUCAAGAUUGGAAAGGAAAGGAAGAAGGCUCAUGUAGAAAAGCUUAAGGAGCGAAAGAGAAAUAUCCAAGAAGCCCAGAAAUCUGAUAAGAAACAGAAAAGAGCUUAGAUUUUUCUUCACUUAGUUUGUUAAUUUACGAGGCUAAUUGUUGUUUUAAGUUGAACAUUGCCAUCUUUGUUGGCUAAGAUUUUGCUGAAGUAUCCUAUGUACGAUUUUUUAAAUGUUCAGUAUACAAAAUUCUUAAAGUUGACUGUUGGACUGUUUUAUUGUUCAAACUGAAUAGCCGAGUGUUUUACCAUUA